GGCCCCGGCCUGGCUGAGGUAGAGGCAGCGGUAAGGGUGAAAUUUCUCGAAGCCUGCAGGCGGGGGGGGAGCGGGUUUGGCGGAGUCGCGGGCGGCCCCGGUUGGGAGCCGAGCCGGCCCCGGGGCCGGGAUUCCCUAGUGGUGCCGGCGGGAACAGCGGCGGGUCCUGGGGCCUGGAGCGGAGGAGGCGGCUGUCGGGGCCCGUCCGGGAGCGGAGGAGGCGGCGGGCCCCGGCCCCGCGUCGCCGAGCAUGAACCACAAGAGCAAGAAGCGGAUCCGGGAGGCGAAGCGCAGCGCCCGGCCCGAGCUGAAGGACUCACUGGACUGGACCCGGCACAACUACUGCGAGACCUUCCCGCUGAGCGCGGCGGCCUGCACGGAUAAUGUGGAAAGGGCAGAUGCACUCCACUUAUCAGUGGAAGAAUUUGUUGAGCGUUAUGAAAAGCCUUAUAAGCCUGUAGUUCUGUUGAAUGCUCAGAUGGGCUGGUCUGCCCAAGAGAAGUGGACUCUAGAACGCCUGAAGCGCAAGUACAGGAACCAGAAGUUCAAGUGUGGUGAGGACAAUGAUGGCUACUCUGUGAAGAUGAAGAUGAAAUAUUACAUAGAGUAUAUGGAGACCACACGUGAUGACAGCCCCCUCUACAUCUUCGACAGCAGCUACGGAGAGCACCCUAAGCGCAGGAAACUCCUGGAAGACUACGAAGUGCCCAAGUUCUUUACUGAUGACCUUUUCCAGUAUGCAGGAGAGAAGCGCAGACCACCUUAUAGAUGGUUUGUAAUGGGCCCACCUCGAUCAGGAACAGGAAUUCAUAUUGAUCCUCUGGGAACCAGUGCUUGGAAUGCCUUAGUCCACGGACAUAAGCGCUGGUGCCUGUUCCCUACCAGCACUCCCAGAGAGUUGAUUAAAGUGACACGGGAAGAAGGAGGGAACCAGCAGGAUGAGGCGAUCACUUGGUUCAGUAUCAUAUACCCUAGGACGCAGCUCCCCACCUGGCCUCCUGAAUUCAAACCCCUGGAAAUUGUGCAGAAACCAGGCGAGACUGUCUUUGUACCAGGUGGCUGGUGGCACGUAGUUCUCAAUCUCGAUACAACCAUUGCCAUCACACAGAACUUUGCCAGCUGUACCAACUUCCCUGUGGUAUGGCACAAGACAGUAAGAGGGAGGCCAAAAUUAUCAAGGAAGUGGUACAGGAUCCUAAAACAAGAGCAUCCUGAGCUGGCAGUGUUGGCUGAUUCAGUUGAUCUACAAGAAUCGACAGGUAUUGCAUCUGAUAGUUCCAGUGAUUCCUCCAGUUCCUCUAGCUCCAGCUCCUCGGACUCUGAUUCAGAGUGUGAUUCUGGCUCUGAGACCGAAGGGAUGAUGCAUCGGCGGAAAAAGAGAAGGACUUGCAGCAUAAUGGGUAACGGUGACACUACCUCUCAAGAUGAUUGUGUGAGCAAAGAGCGCAGCUCCUCCAGGAUUAGGGAAUCUUGCGGAAGCCGCGCUCACCCCUGAGAGAUAACAAGAACCGUCUAGAGGCAGCUGCCACUCGAAGCUCCAUUAGCAGCCAGCUCUGUUCUACCCCUCUCAGCUCCUAUCUACUCUUAGGAUCCUUCUCAAGUCUUCACUGCUACUUUGAUCCAAACUCCUAUCUUCCAUCACGUGCUGACUAAAGAUGACUCCUUGGUAACUACUGGGGGAAACUCCCAAGUCUAAAUGACUGUGCAAUGCGUAGUGUCCUCCUGUACCCCUAAAAAAGUGCACUAAAUGGUCAGAAAAUAACCCAGCUCUGGACAAGGACUUGCCUUUUGUCCAACAGUUCAUGAAGUUGGCAAGGAAAACAGUCUGAUACCUGUUUUUAAGAGACUGUUUUAAAAUCAGCAGCUACAUCCAGAAACCUACCCUGCUUUGACACUGUCAUACGUUUACAUGUGCUGCACAUCCUGAAACUAGCAGAGGAUCUCGGCACCUUUGCUCUACACAAACAUCCAGUGGAUAUUGUACCAGAGUGGUGGAAGGGAGACUAACUCUGUUAUGUACUCUGAACACCAAGGUGACUUCAAAUGACUAGAAAUGCCUACCUGUGAGAAGCAUCUUUUGUGGUCAUAUUAAUCUACAUACACUCUAACUAAACCCAAAUAGUCAAAGAUGUGACACCUUAACCAGCAAUGAUCAUACGUACUUAUGCUUGGUGUCUGCCAUAUUAAGUAUAAAAAGAUAAACUGUCACUUGGGUGUAGCAUUGGGGCUUGAGGGAACAAGAGAUGAGUGGCUUCUUGUAUAGUAGAAGCCACUGAUAGUCACCAUCUAUCAACAGUUACCCAUGAACCUUAGAUGUAGGGGGAAAACUAUAUAACUGAAUUACAGACUUUAUUCAGACCCAGAAAGCAGCUGUCUCUUUGAGGUCAUGUGUUUAGGAGCUUAACAGCACUUGCUCUGGGAUCUGUAAGAGUAUGGAAGGGUAGGGGGGCAGUAUUUUGUCUUAAACAUUUGAAAGUAACAACAAGUGAUGCUUGGGUUCACACAGCUGCAGUGGUACUGUGCCAAGAUAAACUCUCAUCCCCAAGCAAUCUGCUAGGAUGGUUGAUAUUAAUUUACCAGGGCCUGUGCAUUAAAGCUUUCCUAUGACCUGC